CUCCGGAAAAACACAGCUUGCUUUACUCUAUGCCAAGAAGUUCAUCAAUGCAAACAAUGAAAGCAAAUGCUUCUGUUUCAACUCACCAUCCCCAGAGGAUAUCCUUGUUGACGGUGAGAAGUUAAUAGAUCAAUGUAAACUGAACAUUCAUACAGACGGUGGAAUGCUUGAGGAAAAGAAUGCUCGAAUGGCUAAAAAGGUUUGGAGACUACUUACUCGCAUUCGUGAUAAAGUAAAAGAAGACAAUCAAAAAACAAUGUUUAUUUUUGACAAUGCAACUUUCGAAACAGCUUGUAUCAUCAAAGAGGUUUUCUUCAAGGUUAGCUCUUUUAUUGUCAUAAUCACUACUAAUGAGAAUGACAAAUUUAUGAAAGGGUUUGAAAAUUUGAAAAUUAAUGUAAAAGGCUAUACUCAGGAGGACGUCAAUGUCUUAGCACUUUGCCAAUAUGAUCAAUUCAAAGAUGAUAUGCAAUGCUUGGCUGAGAAGCUUGAUUUUUUGCCGCUUGGGAUACACGCAGCUUGUCAGUACAUAAUUGAGUCCAACAAUUUAACCGUACGUGAUCUUCUAGCCCGACUGGAUCAAUAUGGCGACCCCCUUACCGGUCUCUUUCAAGAGUCAUACAAAAUGGCUAAUGAGAAAUGCAAGAAUGAUAAUGACAAGCUCCCGCUUAACAUUGUAGCUAUCCUUAGUCCAGAUCCGAUACCAUUUGACGUCCUUGACUGGACAAUACGGGUUAGCCAUCAAGAUCCCUUGUCCGACUCAGAUAUAACACUUAAGAGGGACCAUCUUCUGGGUGAGAUAAAAAGGUUUCACCUUGGGACCGUUGAAAUAAAGGGAUCAGAUAACAAGAUGCUGCGUAUGCAUGAUAUACCAAGAUCAGCAAUACGGGAAAGCUGGACGGAAGAUAAAAGGAUCAAACAUUUCAUAGAAAUGCUUUUAAUCCUUGACGAUCAGGUUGAUAAGGACACACGUCAUGCAAAAGAUUUUAUGUUCUUUCUCAAGGUGAUUCCCCAUGUCAAACAUGCCUUGAAGACCGACCUGUCUGGAGCCCAAAGUCAAGCAGUUGGCAUAAAGAUCCUUCAAAUAAGUCUCCAAGAUAAGUUACAUUAUAUGUAUACACAAACGGGAUUGAUUAGAUACUUCAAAGAAAGUGAAUCUGAAGCUAAACAGCUAUGCUAUUCCCUCAUCGACUUAAACGACGUAACUAGCACUGAGAAGGAUAGGAAGUUUAAUGACAUAACGAGUCAGGAAUUCUUAAAAGAGAAAGCCGAGCUCAUUAACAGUAAAAUGAAACUGUUGGAAAUCCCGAAAGAACCUAAAGACUUCCUCAAAGAGCUUGUUUGUACGAGACGCCUCAAUAAAAGCACUGUUGCACUUUUGAAGACCAAAAUGAACAGCGGUGACGCUGAGCAGUCAAUUACAAAAAAGAAAAGUGAUAACGUUGAACUAGUGGACACAAAAUUGAAUGCAAGCGUGAAGUCGAGACCGCAAAGUACUUUACUACCCGAUGGUUAUCUCACUGAGACCAAAUACAAUAGUUUAGUACAAAGAGGUGCAGCAAUUAGGUUGAAUAAAAUGAAGGAUGUGUUCCUAUUGGAGUUCAUGGCGAAUAUUCUCUACACGCAUGGUCGUAUGUAUUUCUACAAGAACAAAAACAAAGAAGAAGCAAAGGUAUAUGAACAUGACUUGCGCCUCGCUUAUGAGCUCUCUGCCAUAAUCAAAAACGAACAGUUCAAACAAAUAGCCACGUUGCUUUUAGCUGAACGCAAUGGUUUUCUAUACAUCGAUGUAGACAGCAAAGAGAAGGAAAGAAUAAAACACGCGACGGAACGCUACAAGGAGAUGUUGGAUACACAGGGCGAAUACUAUGAGAAAGGAUUGCUGAAAAUAAUACCACAUGAGGAUACAUACCAUCAAAAGAUAUGCAGAAAACAAUUAUUAAAUUGUUACAUAUCCGCAGUUAAAGAAGAAUCAGACCGUGUCAAAAAGCAAGAGAUAUACGAAAAAGGAUGCCAGGAAGCUAGAAAACUACUGAAAAUUCUAGAGGCAGACGAGAAAGCAGAUACUUACAUUAAGUUUGGUGACCUUGAAAUGACAAUGAGUAAAAUUGGUACAAGCCAUGUGGAAAAAGCCAUUGCCAAUUACAAGAGGGCGUUGCAUUUUGAAGAUGAAAAAUCACCUAGUUCACAAAAAGUCGGUCGUAUUAUUGAAGCCCUUUCUAGAAUAACAGAAGCGUUGUAUAUACGUAAGAACAAAAGUGAUUUGAAAAAGGCAGAAAAAUAUGCGAACAGGGCAAUUGGAAUAUGUACGGAAGAACAAAUAAAAAAAGAUAUCAAAGAAAGACUGCAGCAUAUUCUAGACAGUAUAAACACUCCAUAAACAUCAAACGUACAUUCCUUCCCCUCUUCUUCCAUCCCCUCCUCAAUUGCCUCAUUCUUACCAUCCCCUCCUUUACAUCAUCCUCUUUUCCUCCUCUUUUCCCUCCCACUCUUUGUGUGGCUUUUUAAUCGGAUUCUCAGCCAUAUAGCAUAUAACCAACUAUCAAUAGAGGAUGUGCUUCUUAUGACACAUGGUACAUUAUUCAAUUGUAAACCUGUCAACAUGCAUAGUAUAGUCAGAGAAAAUUACAAAGAAAAACAUAUUACAGAGUGUCU